CAAAACAGGGCUUUUUGUAAAUUAGCUAAUUUGUUAUAAAACCUCUUUACACUGUCACUGCAAUGUCCCAGAUUCAUUCAGUUACUGGCGUUCCUCAAUGGGAACAUCGCGUUCGCUUCAUCCUCUGUUUUCUGGGUUUAGUCCUGUCGGUUUACGCGCUACACGUCGAACUUUCCCGGGAGAAUGAUCCGGAAUAUCGUGCGAUGUGCGACCUGGGUCAUUCCGUGAGCUGCUCGAAGGUCUUCACCUCCAGAUGGGGACGUGGAUUUGGGCUCGUCCAGAUCUUCACUUCCAAAGACAGCGUGUUGAAUCAGCCGAACAGUGUGUUGGGAAUCAUUUUCUAUACGCUGCAGCUGGGUUUGGGUCAGUUAGUGUCCGGCCGAUCAGCGUUCUUCCUCGUCAUGUUCUCUUGGGUGUCAGUGGCUGGAUCAGUGUAUCUGGCUGCUAUUCUUGCCUUCGUCUUGGGUGAUUUCUGUGUGGUGUGUGUCUCCACCUACAUCGUAAACUUUGCACUUCUCUACACAAACCUAAAGAGAAGGACAGGACUGGAGGGACGUCUGAAGAGAGGGAAGAGUGAAUAAA